UCCAGUUUCCAUCAAAUCGCUGAAACCCUAAUUCGACGAUUCUCAUAAUCAAUUUCGCAUGGUCACCAUGAAUACAAGCUACUUCAAGCUUUCGAAACCUCUGGAGGAAAGGAUGGAUAAAGUUGCUCGAAUCAGAGACAAGUACCCUGAGAGAUUUCCGGUAAUUGUUGAAAAGAGUGGAGAAAGUGAUGUUCCUGACAUUGACAAGCAUAAGUUUCUCGUCCCAGCAAAUCUAAACGCUGGAGAAUUUGUGUCUGUGCUUCGUAAGCAAAUGAAGCUAAGAGAUCAGACAGAAAUCUUUGUCUUUUUCAAGAACACACUCAUGACACCAACUAGUAAGGCUGCAUUGAUGUCUGAGAUAUAUGAAAAACACAAAGAUGAAGAUGGGUUCCUCUACAUGACUUACAGCGGUGAAGAUAUUUUGUGUGCAGCCAAGACUUCUCUUCGUAUUGCAGAUUCUCUAACGCAGGAACACCCAAGUGGAGCUAUAUUGUUAGAAUCACUCCCUGAGACAUGGAGGCCUCUGCUUUCAACUCUGGAAAAGCUUGUUUCUAUGUCUGAAUCAGAUAAGGAGUUUAAGAAACGCUUUGAGGAGAUUCUAAAACGCUGGACAGAUGCAUUCUGCAGUUUACUGAUUUGUGUUUCGACAAAAGAGGAUAUACCUUGGGUCAUGAAGCUAAAAGAGCUCACAAACUUUUACGUGAGGAACCAUCUAGUUCAAAGUUUGUUUCCAAGACUACUACUACAAAUUGAAGACGAUGUUGAAGAUCACCAGCUUCAGGUUGUGGUUUCUAGAACAAGUCUCUUUAAAGAUUCGUUGAAUCAAGUCAUGGCUGCAGACCCAUGGGACUUCCAUGCUGGGAUUUCUAUUCAGUUUGAAUAUGAAGAAGCUGAAGGAGAUGGAGUAUUAAGGGAGUGGCUUUGUUUGGUCUGCAACAACCUAUUUGAUCCGGAAAACAAGCUAUUCAUACCUUCUCCAGACGAUUCUAGACGGUUUUCCCCACAUCCGAACCCCUUGAUGGAAGAGAAUUAUCUACAGAAAUACCGAUUUUCUGGGAGGAUAAUAUCUAUGGCUUUGAAGCACGAAAUGCAAGUCGGGAUUUUGUUUGAUCCUCUCUUCUUCCUUCACCUAGCUGGAAAGAAACUCUUCUCCUGGAAAGACUUGAUUCACACGGACAAGGAAUUGCACAAGAAAUACAAGGAAAUGCUUGAGAUGGAUGCUCAAGAGUUUGAUGCUUUGCAGGGAUAUGGACUUACUUUCUCAGGGCUGUGUUACGAUAAUGAUAACAGACAAGUUACAAGUUCAAACAGAGAGGAGUACAUCACUUUGAUCAUGCAUGACCGCUAUUUUCUCCGAAUCAGGGACCAAGUUCUGCAUUUCUCUUAUGGUGUUGAAGACAUGAUUGAUGAAGGAGUUAAAGCUGAUAGAUUCUUCAGUUUGUUGAAACUUGAAGACUUGGACUCAAUGCUCCGUGGAUCACAAUAUGACGUCAUCAAUGUAGAGGAUUGGAAUCAAUAUACCGAUUAUGUCAACUAUCAACGAAGUGAUAAUGUGAUCUUAUGGUUUUGGAAUGUGGUCUCUCAAAUGAACCAAGAAGACUUGCAUAGGCUUUUGUGCUUCUGGACAUCACACCGGUUUUUGCCUAGAGAUGGAUUUCAAGGACUUCCAAGACUCUCCAUCUUGAGAAUGGAUACACCGAAAGAAUCAAAGAAUCUAUACAAGCCCCAAUCGCAAACUUGUUGCUAUAGCCUUCGCCUUCCCGAUUACGACACAUAUAAACACACGGAGCGAGCUAUCAUGUGGAUCACGCACGAAUACACUGGUUUUGGUGAAGCAUAG